AUGUCCGACGAAGAAAAUGAUGAGCUUGAUCCUUACGUUAAGUUCAGAAUGCAGCAACUGGAAGCUCCAGAAGAAGGCACGGCUCAUGAUGAGUUUGAUAUUCGGGAAGAAAAUGCAAUCAGGAUGGUCGGAGGCCAACGGAAGGACCUUUUCUACGCCACUUCUCAUGCAAAUAAGAAAAAUCUAGAACGUAAGUGAGAUUACACUACUUUGACCUACAGAUAAGUGUAGGUUUUUUAUUUAAUAUUGUGGCAUUGUCAUUCUACUGGCAUAGAUGUCAAAGUAAAACAGAAUAAUCCAAAUUUAUUGUAGAGCGACGCCGUGGCGUGAUCAAGAAAUCCCGCUUCGAAGACCAUGAACUGGACAAUGCGGAUGACGUCAUCGAAGCUGGCGAGUUGUAUCAUGACAUGAAGAUGAUUGACGACAAAAAUGUGGUUGUCAAGAACUUUAACGGGCAGUUUAAUCUUAUCGAGUAAGAAUUUGGAUUGUCAGCAAAUUUUUUUUAACGAGAGUACUUCUAUGUGGUGUGGAGUUGUAGGUCGAGUCAUAUAUCAAAAAAAUCGUAAAAUUUUUCUGAUUCAGGAUAUGUAAAAGUUAGCUGCCUAAUUUUGGUUUGUAAGGGCGAAAAAGUCUCCCUUAAAAAAUUAAAUGUUUGAUAUUGUACCUAAAAUAAUGUCUUACAGUGAGGGGACCUGAUCCAGUGGCAAAAAACGUACCAUUUUGCAUCCGGGAAGUAUCAAAAAUGUUUCAAAAUGCUUCCCUUUCCAAGUGAGAAAACUCCGAUUUCAAAAAGCCCUUCAAAACGAAGUUUUUUCACUUGGAGAGCAUUUUGCCACAUUUUUGAUGCUUCCCGGAUGCAAAAUGGUACGUUUUUGCCACUGGAUCAGGUCCUUCAUUGUAAUCAAAUUUGACUCCAUACCCAAUAGAAGUUACUUUCCUUGUAAGAAAAUUCAUUGUGGAUAGCACAAUUUUGCUCAUAUUUUUAGCAGUUUCAAUGACAUGGAGCUGGAUAAGAAACUGGACGACAACGUCAAAAAACGCUACAAAGCACCAUCGACAAUUCAACGCUACGCAUAUCCGUUGAUCCGAGAGACUGACCGCAAUUUGAUCUGUCGCGCUCCGACUGGAAGUGGCAAGACGGCCGCCUUUUUGAUCCCUUUGAUUCAGUCGAUAAUCGAGAUCAAAAAGAAAGAUGGAACGAUUACCAAUUAUCAGAAUCCGUAUGCGAUUAUUUUGUGUCAUACGCGAGAGCUGGCUCUGCAAUUGGCCAAAGAUGCGGCAAUUUUCACCCGUGGGACUCCAGUUGGAAUUACUUUUUUGAUCGGAGAGGUUAUGGAAGACCUGAGGGAUAGAGAGGCCAAGGUUGGAGCGGACAUCAUCAUUGGGACGCCUGGAAAAUUGGAAAGGACCUUCUUCCAGGAUAGAAAUGGUGUAAGUUGAUAUCUUUGAUUGGCUAAUUGGGCUUUUUCGGUUUAAAAAUUUUUUUUUGCCUAAAAGCACCUACAGUGGGGCCUGAUCCAGUGGGAAAAACGUAUCAUUUUUCAUCCGGGAAGUAUCAAAAAUGUGGCAAAAUGCUUCCCUCUCCAAGUGAAAAAACUCCAUUUUGAAUUGCGCGCCCUUUCUCUCACAAAAACAGCUUGUGAAAUCGGAGGUUUUUUCAUUUGGGAGGGAGGUAUUUUGCUACAUUUUUGAUCCUUCCCGGAUGCAAAAUGGCACGUUUGUGGCCAAUGGAUCAGGUCCCCCACUGUACCUAAAGUAAUAUGAUUUUAGGGAAGGUUCUCUUUAUCCAAAACAGCCUACUUUAUUGCUGAUGAAGCCGACCGACUCGCGGGAGAAUACACAUUCAGAUCCAUUGUUGUCCGCUUCAGAAGAGAGAUUUUGAAAGCUACACACGGAAAGUCGAGAUUAUUCAUGUUCAGUGCAACGUCAGAAGAAGAAAGAGACGAAGUUUUGGCUCCAAAUGCCGUUAUUCUGGAAGUGGGAGAUGCCACCAUGCCUGUUCUUAGUGUUGUCCAGAAAUUCGUUGAAGUUGUAAGCGGGAACUUUGAUUUCUUGGGAAAUUUUACACCAGAUGUGUCUAAAAUAAUAUUUUUUUUAUUGGUUUCAGCGAAAAUCCGGCUUCAGAUACGCAGAGGAGGAGUUUAUCAAUCGGAAACCGGAGCUGUAUCAUCCCAGAGACUUGCUCCAUGCAAUCUUAAGACGCCGAUCGAAACUUGUUGAUGGUGUCCCGAGGGUCGACAAAACUUUGGUAUUUGUAUCCAAGAGAAGGCAAGCCGAUGCAUUGGCUAUAAAUCUCAUGCAGAAUGGAUAUUUGGCCAUCUCGACUAAUGGAUCGAUCCCAAUGAAUGUCAGAAAUGAAACGGUAGGUUACUGUAAAAGAGUUUUUUGCAAGCAAUUAUAAGAUAAGCUUAUGAAUUUGUAGAUAAGAGUCUUUUUGACAUCAAAAAUGGUCUUUUCAGAUUGAAAGUUUCAAAAAAGGAGAGAUCGAUAUUAUUGUAUGCACCAAUGUCCUGGCCAGAGGAAUCAACCUUCCAAACGUGUCGCUGGUCAUAAAUUAUAACUUGCCUCAGGCGGGUUUGGUCUAUCCAACGGAAUAUAUCCAUCGACUUGGGAGAACGGGACGAAUGGGAAAUGCCGGAGCUGCAAUCUCGUUCUUUGACAGAGAAAAGGAUAAAGAUAUCGCCGGGUUCUUGAAAAAGGUGAGAGAUUGGGGAAUGGGUGAGAGUGGGGAGGGAAAGAAGCUCUGAGUUUGACGACAUGUUCUAAAUCGCGUUUCCAAACUUCCAGCCAUUCAAAAAAAAAUUAAAAAAAAAUAAUAAAGUUUUCUUCAGCAUCUCCUCCAAUGCAACCAGCCAGUCCCACAAUUCAUAGAAGACACCCUCAACAAUGGAUUCGACGAAUUCGAAGCGAAUUGGCGCCGGAUUUUGCGAAAGAAGUGCGAAGCAGACCCGGACUAUGUGGUACCUCAUAAAUCUAUCGCUGAAGCCGAUCAAAUCAAUUUCAUCUAG